AUGAGAGAGAUCUCUAAGCUAUUUCAUCAGCUUUGUGGGAAAAUCAUACUCUUAUUGGCAUGCCUCCUAAUAGAACUUAUUGUCCUUAUUAGGAAAUUAACAACAGAGGAUACAAGUCCAAUUACCACUGAGCAAUACCUCAAAUUCAUUGAAGAGAAGAACCCCACGAUUUGUUACACCAAAGGGUUGAGGACAGAGCAUGUGGAGUGUAGGGUAUGCUUAUCCGAAUUUGAGGAAGGCGACAAGGUGAGGAACUUGAAAUGCAAACACACAUUUCACAAAGAUUGCUUGGACAAGUGGUUGUUAGAAUAUUGGGCUACGUGUCCACUUUGUAGGAAAAAAGUGUUGCCAGAUGCUGUUGUGUCCAAACAUCGUCAGCUUCUGAAUCAGGUAGAUUUCAAUGGGAAUGAUGAGCAACCUCCCUUUCUGUUAUCCGUAUUACGUGGUGAUUUCCAUGGGAAUCGAAACUUGUCUUCAAGAUAUUCUUAAACA